CGCAUGCGCAGUCAGUUGUGCGCUGGGAUUGGAGGUGAGCGGAGGUGCGGCGGCGAUGGUUCCUCAAUGAUUCCCGCUCCCGCUCGGUAGGCCCGACCGUUCCCUUGUGCGCUGCGUGCAGUAGCCGAGGGCCGGCCCACUGCUGCCUGCCGCCGGUAGCCCCGGGCUCCUCCCCGCAGUGCUCGCUGUUUCACAGCGAACAGGUGAAUGAGCACAACAAGAAAACAGACGCAGAUCUGAAUGACCCUAUCCAACAGGAUGAGACCCAUCCAUCAACAUCAGAGAAAUAGGAACAUUCAUGUAGUAGUCUCUUAGAUCAUGGAUGUUCUGCAGAUCUGUGUGAUUGUGAUCAGCAUGUGUUUCACUGCAUUCAGACCUUCCAUUGGUCAAAAGCGAAACUUGGAUUCAAGUCUAGAAAUCUAUAGGAAGUUGUUUGAAACUAAACGCAAAGACCAGAUGCAUGCAUUGAAGAACAUGAUUGAAUUAAAUGAUAUAAAUCAACAAUACAAGAUUAUUGACAUCAUGUUGAAAGGAUUAUUCAAGGUACUAGAAGACUCCAAGUCGAAACUGAUUGGUGCUGAUGUACAAGCUGAUGGACCACUACCUCAUGAUGAGAAACUCAAAGAUGCUUAUUCACACAUUGUUGAAAACACGGCCUUCUUUGGGGAUGUCGCACUGCGUUUCCCUAAGAUUGUCCACUAUUACUAUGACCGAAACUCUAACUGGAACAACCUAAUCCGAUGGGGAAUCAGUUUCUGUAACCAAACAGGAGUUUUUGAUGAAGGUCCUCACACUCAGCUUCUGAAUCUGAUGGCACAGGAGCUUGGGAUCAAUGAAAAAUCUCCUGACUAUAAAAAUCCAUUUAAAGAUGAGGAUGACGAUUUUAUCGAGACUACUGAUGCCUUUCGUAAAGCCUUUAAGGAUGAGGAGAAAAGGAGAAAAAAAGAAGAUAAGAGGAAGGAGCUUCGAAAAGGGCCAAGAAUUUCAAAGACUAGAUCUGAAUUAUGACCACUGAGCAAUAUGACAAUUGCUAAAACUGUUACUAUACUGUUGACUGGAGCUGCUACAAAUAUUUCAUUGCCAUCAAUACUUAUACAAGGUUGAAGAAAAUUAUUUCAAGAUGGUGGUAGCCUUUAUGUAUUUGCCAUCAUUGGAGCUGCUACCUUUAAUUGAAAGAAGCAGUGUCAUCAAGCCUGCAUUUGUUUUGAUUCAUGUAAAUAAAAUAGGUCUGAAUUACUGAAUGUAAUUCCUGAAAUGCUGGUGAAAACCCCAGUAUCUGAGCUAACAAACCUUUUCUUCCAUGACUGUUAAAUAAUGAAUUAAUAUAAGCAGGUACCAACGCUAUUGUGCAGUAUAGGUUGAACUUUUGGUUUUCCAAUUUCACAAUAAAAAGCAGGGGCGUAAAAAAAUAUGAAUGAUCUUAAAUACUGAGAGAUUUCUUCAAUCCCAUGCAGUACACAUAAAAUAGUACUCAUAGGCUGAAUGUUCCAAUUCUACGGUCACCAAACGAGAUUUUCAGUUUAUUUAAAAUAAUGAAUAAUGAAUGAUAUUAUGCAUCUGAUAUAAUACAUUUAUGAUAUUAUGCAUUAUUAAAAUAAUGAAUGAUAUGAUGAUAUUAUGCAUCUGACAUUAUGCAUUAUUAAAAUAAUGAAUGAUAUUAUGCAUCUCCAUAUAUAGGGAGUCCUUUUCCCCAACUUUUUGCCUCUAUAAGAUAUUUUGCAAAACCUACCUCUGUUCUAAUAUGUAUAUGGUUUUAUGUCAAAUUUUACUUGAUAAACUCCUGCUAUGAUGCUUAGGAUGUAUAUAAAGGUUAGCCAGGUAAAUUUUUGAAGAGCCAAAUAAUCAUUCAAUACGUCUGAUUUGGACGGAAAAGAAUGUAAACAUUUAAUGCUGCCAACAUUCAUCCCAGAACCUCAAGGUUUGGGAUAUUAUCUGUGUGGAAUUAAAACAAAACAUUUUGGCAUAUCAGGCAGCAUCUAUGGAGGGAGAACCAGGAAAAGGUUGUGUUUCCCAUUAUUCUCUUCAUAACGUACGUAAAUUACAAGGAGCCUCUUCAGUGUCUUUGGAAUUUCAGAGCACUGUACCAAUCUGACUAAAGAAUGCAGGUCAUAAUUGCUUUUACAAAUCAUGUAAUUUACCGGUGCUAGAGAAGUGUCUCAGUGGUUAGGUAAAUAUAUUAUUUUUUGUUAAAUGCAAAGAAUUCUAUUGCUUGCUGACAUUUGAGAGGAUAUGUCGAGUUGAGGGGAUAAAGAAUAAACGUGAUUCAUGAGAUUCAAAAAAUUACAUUUUUAUGUUGUCAUACGUUUUAUUUUAUAAAUCUUUUAC